AUGAGUGUUCAACGAUUGCAAUUUGAGUGAGUUUUUUUUUGAAUUUUUUAAAUUUAUGCCAAUUUUUUUGCAGAACGAAAUAUGACCUCGAAUAUAUUAUGGAGAACAAUGCUCAAAAUGAUCAAGUUAUGGAGUAUAAAAGAUUAAUUCAGAUUUGCGUUGAGUCAUCAUUCCAGGAUAAAGUGAGUUAUAUGCAUAUCACGCCCAGCUUUGUGAAAAUUAUUUUUUUGAAAUUGGCCUAUUAUAAUCAGAAAAUUGCUUGUUUUCAAUUAAAAAAUAAAAAUGUGAUUUUGCGAGUUCCAAAAUUGCAGCCGUGCAAAAUGGGCGUGGUGUGGAUAUGUGCAUUGAUUUUUUGAAACUUUUAAUCAAUUUUUCAGGUUAAAGCUUUAAUAGCUCUUUUGCCAUUGCUCAACUUGUCAAUUAUAUCUUUUCGUGAUUUGAGCACUGUGAAAAUAUCGACGAAAAUAUUCAAGCGACUUGAUAGCAAGACACAAUUGGUGUGUUUCAAACUGUUCUGUUAUCAUCAUAAUGGUUUUUUUAGGUGUUUUCGAAACAUUUUCUUCAAGCUUGCAGUCACCCUGUCCUUGGAGAAUUCCUUUUUGCGAAUUCAACUAUUUUCAAUAUAUCUAAUGAAACAGUUGGCAACCUUCAGGACACCUUUAAUUCGAAUCCAAUUAAUGUUAUGGAGUUGUUAGAAAGUAUAAAAAAUGGAACACUUUCUAUUGAUCGGAUCGAUAUCGUCAGUUUAAUUUUUUUUGAUUUCUGAUUUUUUGGCUAAAUAUUGUGUCUUUUCAGGAAUUGGAUCAGAUCCCUUGUUGCGACGAAAUCUCGAUAUUGAUGCAAAAACAUAUUUCUAAAAGAGAUGCCGCUAUCUUCAUAUUUAAAAAAAAGAGUCGGAAGAAUCGACUCGUGAGCUUCCAGACAAAUGUAAGUUUUUCUGUCGAAUAACUUCUGAGUUGGUCUGCCGCAAGUCUGCAGUAGAUUGUCAUCAAUCAUUCCUGCAAAUUUGAAGAAACACAGAACUUCAAGUACCAGUCAGAAAGUAUGCAUUUUCCACCAAAAAAAACAAGUAAAAAUGAAAAUGAAAACAAUUUUGACGUGUUUUGCAGCGUGAAAAAAUGUUUUCAUUACUUUUUCUCGCUUUCUCUUCAAAUUUGCAAUCACAGGCAAUUAUUUUUUUUUUAGAAUUGUUAGAUGAAUGUAAUUUCCUAUUUUUCACUUUCAAAUUGAUCACAAAGCAGCUUUUGCUAAUUUUUGGCUAGAUUUAGAAAAUUUUAUCGAUUUUUGACUUUGUGGCUAUUUUUGAAAACAGAUUCGAGAUCAGAGGGUUCGAUUCUAUAGGUGUACCAAUUUUAGGAAAAGUUCAACCUAACCUCAUGUAUUUUCCUAGUAAGCUACAGAUGUGUGGCAGACUUGCAGCAGCUCGGGCUUAUUUUGCGAUGAAAAGUUUUAUUUUCUAAAUCAACAAAUUUCAGAUGAUGGAAAAUAUGAGGAUUUAUUCUCUAGCAAGAAGAAAUUAGCAGAUGCUAUGGUAGCACUAAAAUUGCUAUGGACACCAAAAUGCCCGAAAUGUCACAAACCAAUGGUUUUGUAUUUCAACUCGGCGGAUACGAAAUCACAAGUACGUUUCCAGAAGGUUGUUGAAAAAAACAAUCAAGCAAAAAUUGAAAUUUACAAGGAAAUUGUUUUAACUUUCACUCGAGAUUUUCUGAAAAAUGUUCAUUCGACUCAAAAUUAGACGGGGAAUUAUUUGAAAACAUCUAGACAUUGCGUAAAUGUGCAUUAAAAGCUGAAAAUUUGAAUUAAAAGUUUUUUUUCCAAAAAAAAAAAUCAACUCACAAGGGAAGUCAAAUACUUUUUUCAGUUUCGUUGUCCGCUAGAUAAGAAAACGGCCGGUGUAAGAAACAAAAGUUUUUUCAAUAAUCGGAAAACACUCGAAUUCUCGAUUCGACUGAUUUGGCUGUUGGCCCGUAAAGUAGCAGCGAAAAAAAUCGUACGGCUCGCGGAUACCUGUGAAAACACUGUAAAGUCCUUCGCGUUUAAGUUUGCCUAGUGAGUUGAAUGAACAAAUACAACUAAUUGAUUCCCAACUUUUUUUCAGCGAACUUCCGCAACAUUGGUCCGCAUCGGAAAGAUUUGAUUUCAUCAUCGAUCGAACAAUCAAAAAAUCAAACUUUGAUUGA